GUCGUAAACCUGUUAUACCAGCCUGUGGAGUAUAUGUAACUUGACCUGUUGCCCAUGGAGUAGUUGCAUCCAUUGGUCCUUCAUCUUUCAUUGGAAGUUCAUCUCCUGGUUGAGUGGUAUUCGUCGAAUUAAACAUCAGAAGAAAUUAAUGAUAUAAAGUAUAUAAUCAUGUCGAUUUCGAAAGUCAAUAUUAAAUAUACCCAGUUGUUCAUUAACAAUGAAUUUGUGGAUGCUGAAAGUGGAAAAAAAUUUUCGACCAUAAAUCCUGCUAAUGGGGAAGUAAUCGCUCAAAUUUCUGAAGGUGACGAGGCUGAUGUUAAUAAAGCUGUAGCAGCUGCAAAAAAAGCAUUUUCAAGAUGUUCAGAAUGGAGAACAAUGGAUGCAUCAUUCAGAGGAAAGCUUAUACACAAAUUUACGGAUCUUGUACAGCGAGACUUAAAUUAUAUAGCAAGUCUUGACACAAUUGACAAUGGAAAAACAUAUGCUGAUGCUGUUAAUGAUAUAAAAUGUAGCAUAGAUGUGCUUCGUUAUUACGCUGGAUGGUCUGAUAAAAUACAUGGUCAAACUAUUCCUGCAGAUGGUUCUUGUAUUGUAUUUACACGUAAGGAACCAGUAGGAGUCGUUGGUCAAAUUAUCCCAUGGAAUUAUCCAUUUAUGAUGUUAGCAUGGAAAUUUGCUAUGGCUUUAGCUGCAGGUUGUACCAUUGUUCUGAAACCAGCUGAACAAACCCCAUUAAGUGCUUUGUAUACAGCUGCAUUAAUCAAAGAGGCAGGAUUUCCACCUGGUGUUGUUAAUAUUAUUACAGGAUAUGGAAAAACGGCAGGAGCUGCUAUAGCUAAACAUCCAGAUAUUAACAAAGUCACUUUCACAGGAUCAGUUGAAGUUGGCCACCUUAUCAUGGAAGCUUCUGCCAAAAGUAAUCUCAAACGAGUGAGUCUUGAAUUAGGUGGUAAAAGUCCACUUGUUAUCUUUGAUGACUUUGAUGUUAAGGAAGCUGCUGCGAUAGCCCAUGAUGCUAUAUUUGCAAAUCAUGGUCAGAGUUGUUGUGCUGGGUCACGUACAUUUGUACAAUCAAAGAUAUACGAUGAAUUUGUAGAUUAUGCAAAACAAUUAGCUCUUAAAAUAAAAGUUGGAGAUCCCUUUAAUUCUGAAACAAAACAGGGACCACAAGUUGAUGAAAAGAUGUUUAAUAAAGUUUUGCAUUUUAUAAAUUCUGGAAAAGAGGAAGGAGCUGUAUUGGAAACAGGUGGCGAACGUUAUGGUAAUGUUGGCUUUUUUAUAAAGCCUACCGUUUUUUCCAAUGUAACGGAUAAAAUGAAAAUUGCUACUGAAGAAAUUUUUGGUCCGGUACAAUGUAUUUUGAAGUUUGAUACUAUGGAAGAAGUUAUUGAACGUGCUAAUAAAACUACGUAUGGUCUUGCUGCUGGUAUAUUAACUAAUAAUAUUGAUAAAGCAAUAACAUUUGCAAAAGCAGUGGAAGCUGGAAGUAUUUGGGUGAAUCAUUAUGAUGUUAUAACACCACAAACACCAUUCGGUGGAUACAAGAAGUCAGGAAUAGGGCGUGAAAUGGGAGAAGAAGGUUUAAAAGAAUACCUUGAAACUAAAACAAUUUCUAUUAGAGUGCCAACAUGUAAUUAAAUAAUAUCAUAUAUAUAUAUAUAUAUACAUGCAUGUAAAGCAUAACAAUUAAAUCUUGAAAUGUUUUUUUUUGUAUUGAUUUUUAAUUAGACAUAAACAAAAUAAUAAUUAGAUUUAUAUGGUUUAUAUGGUGUAUAAAUAUUAUUGAAUAAAGUGCUCUUAAUAGCAACUUUUAUAAGUA